CUUUUAAUUUCGUUUUAGAACUGCCUUGGCACGUCGUGCAAAUUGAAAUUGUUAUGCUACAUUUUAUACAACUGUAAGAAGUCAGGUUCGGAAUGUCGCAUUAGGCGGGUCAAUUAUUUAUUUGUGAAAGGUUUUUGUCUUCCGAAAAUUUGGUCUAUUUGUAAAUAAUUUUCCAAAUUCGUAAGUGAUAAUACUUUAAAAUGGCUCGCAAUAGCAACGAGAACGAAGAGGACAGUAUUGAUCCUGCGUCCGUAACAUCUAAUGUGAAGCAUACCAUAAAACAGGAAGUUAUCAAAGAACUUCUGAAUGGUUCAUUCCAAGACAAUAAGACGAAGCUAGGUAACGAUGCUCUGUCCCUGGUGGUAGAGGUUGCCAAGUGUUUGGUCACGGAGACCUGCUUGCGAGCGUCCACGCACGCGCUGCGCGAGAGCUGUGACAGAGUCGAUAUCGAACACAUUGAGAAGUGCCUGCCUCAGCUGAUGCUGGAUUUUCCAUAAAAGAAAACCAACAGAUAACAGCCCUCAGUAUUAUUUUUUUAUGAACAUGACAUACUCGGAUAUUCCAAAUAGUACAAGUAUUUGAAAUUACCUAUAUUUAGAUGUAUUCCUUGCCAUGCUAUAAGCUGCUUUUGCCCAUUCCUACCUCCUUAGGUAUUAGCUUCAUGCGUCAUAUAAAUACUAUAUUUUUUAAUAUUUUUUCAUGUAAACUGUUCACUAGAUGUAAAAAUUAUAAUGUGUUAAGAAGAUUUAUCUAACGCUGUUGUUCAUUCCUUUGGUUGUUAAUAAUUGAUGAA